AUGAAUACCGUGUCAUUGGAUAGUUAUUUAUCGAUUCGGCAAGUUGAAAAUCAACAGGUAAACUAUCUUAAUCUUCAUCGAUGUUUACGACAGAAAUACAUCAUCGAGUCGAUAUCAAAUCCGGAAAGUGUUACCGGAAUCUCAGUAGCAGGAAAUUACUUGAUCCAAAUGCCGAAUUUCGUGUCCGAUUACACGAAUUUGAUUGAAUUGAAUGGCAGUCAUAACGAAUUGAAUACUAUCGAAUGGAUUCUAUACCGAACAGAAGCAUCUGAGAAUGAUAAACCGAAAUCAUCGCGUCCGCUGGUACAUCCAUUUCUUCAAAUCAUCAAUUUAUCUUUCAAUCACAUCAAAACUGUGCCGGCAAAUAUUCACUAUCUUCGUUUUCUACAUACAUUAGAUCUUUCUUAUAAUUAUCUAAUGACUUUACCGACGAGUAUCGGAGCUCUGGGACAAUUACGCGUUUUACUUCUCGAUCAUAAUCGUUUGAAAAUUCUGCCAAAUACAUUCACUCGAUUGAUUCAUUUAGAAACCUUGAAUUUGUCUUUCAAUCAGUUUCAAUCAAUUGAUACAUUCAAAAACUUGCCGAAUUUGAAACACUUUUACAUGAAUUCCAAUCCUUUACAAACAUUUCCACUUCUUUUAUACACCUGUUCGAAUUUACAACAUAUUUCUCUAUCAAAUAUCCAACUACAUGAAAUCAACGAGAUUACACUGGAUUAUUUCACUCAAUUCCCUCAAUUAAAACGACUCGAUCUUUCGAAAAACCAUCUGACAAAUGACUUUCUCUCUCCAAUCGAACGAUUCUUCGAUUCGCUUGAAGAACUAUACCUUCACUCAAAUCAAUUGACCAAUGUAUUCUCUCUUCUCUCCCAUAUGAAAUCAUUGCAAUUACUUGAUUUGAGUUCGAAUUCUCUAUCGAAAAUUCCACAAGACGUUCACGCCAAAUUAGAAGUUCUUCGUUUAUCGACAAAUCAAAUUGAACUCUCUUCGGCCGAUUGUGUUCAUUUGCAACACCUCAUUCAACUAGAUUUAGACCACAAUCAAGUCACCAAUAUCCCCAAAGAAUUCCUGGAAUGUGCUCAGCUCCAAAUCAUGAACAUCUCCUCAAAUCCAUUACGAAAAUUUCCCGAAAUUCUCUUUCAAUUACCUUCUUUAAAUCACGUAACAUUCAAUGAUUCCAAUUUACAUGAUUUGAACGCGACUAGUUACUUUCAAAAACAUUUCUAUCGUACAUUAAACUUCCUGGAUUUAUCGUACAAUAAUCUACAUACGAAUUUACACCAAUUAACAAUAUUAAAAGCGUUGACUUAUUUAGAUUUAUCCGGCAAUUGCUUGACCGAACUCGAUAAAAACUUCCGAACACUGACAUGCUUGAAAAUUUUGAACAUAGGUCAAAAUAAGUUUGAAAAGUUUCCGACUUGCUUAUACGAAAUGGAUGAAACAACCAAUCGAACGUAUCUCGGUGAAAUACUUUCCGAGUUAUAUAUGAAUGAUAAUCUAGUUGAAUUCAUCCCUGAUGAAAUCGUGCACAUGACGAAUUUACAAACACUUGAUCUGUCGAAUAAUAAAUUCACUCGAUUCCCCGAUUCAUUGGUCUAUCUCGAUCAACUGACCAGUCUAAUUUAUUCCCAACAGCAUGGAAUACAUAUUGACAAACUAUCGGAUGAUUUCGUUCAUUUAUACAACCUACAAAAGCUUGAUUUAUCUUACAAUAUAUUUCGUGAGAUACCCCUAUGUGUUUAUAGUUUAACAAAACUGGAAUAUCUCAAUAUGAGCGAUAAUCUUCUCACUGCAUUGGACACGAAUCGCUUACAACAAUUAACAAAUUUGAAAAUGAUGAAAUUAAAUGGAAAUCUUUUCCCUUCGUUUCCAUCGACACUCUAUCAAAUCGAUGCAUUUCGUAUCGAUGAUAAUGCAUUGUGCUUAGCUCCACCGAGUGACUUUCUCGAAGGAAAAUCGAGUUCUGCAGCGUCACAUAUGUUCGUUCAAGUCAAUGAUCAAUACGAGGAUGAACUCUUCCGAAUCUACAAAAGAAUACUUGUGGAACAUCUUUCGACGCAUGAUUUCGAACGUUUAUUGAUAAGAUUGAACUUGUCGGACGCUGACAUAGCUUAUUUUCGAAAGAAUUACCAUCACGUCAAGCGGGAAGAAAAAGUCGAUGUUCUCUUGCGCAUAUGGAAACAAAAGCGCGGUUCUUUGGCCGAUUCGGAGACUCUAUUUAAACUUGUCCAAUUGAUCGGAGAUAAAAAGCUUGUACAGCAUUUUCAAAGAGCGUACUUACUUGCCAGAAAAAAUAGUAAGAGAUCGGUUUGGGUACGUCUUUAUCAAACAUCAACUCGUUCAAGCUUUCGUCAUUCGGUUGAUUAUUGUGAAAAGAAUGCUCCAGUAAAUAAUUUAGAUUUUCGUCUACGAACAUGUUAUGAUCAUGCCAAAGAAACCUUUGCUUCCAAAGCGCGAUUUGUUGUUCAACCGGAAACAGUUUGUCAAAUAUAA